GGGGGGUUUGUCGGGAAGACCCUGCUACGGGUUUUUUGAAAAUUCUUCCAUCAUGUAUCUGACUAACGGACCUGCGGGCGGAAACGGUAACGGGUACGGUGGUGGAAACUAUAAUGGAGGAAUGGGAAACCUUACCCCUCAAGGGGGCCAAGGAGGAGCUGGCGGUGCUUUGCCAGGCACAUCGAAUAGCGGCUGCUACAAUUGCGGCAAGCUCAGGCACUACGCCCGCGAUUGCUGGACGAGCCGAGGGCAUUUUAACCAGCAGAACCAGAAUACGAUCGACCCCGAACUCGAGGAAAUUAAAGAGCAUCAUAGGCAAUUACGGAGGGAGAGGCAGGAACUGGAAGAGAAGCGGAAAGCAGAGGAGGAGAAGAAGGCAAGAGAAGAAGAUGAGCUACGACAGAACCAAGACUUCGCUAGGAAGAUGGAAGAGCUCAAACUGCAACUGCUGAUGGACCUAAACGAAGAAUGGAAGAAAAAGAAUCAAGAGGCAGAGCUGGCUUUGAAGAAUGCAACCGUGAAGACUAGACGACUCUUUGCGGAGAAGAAGACCAAGCUUUCGCUGAGGAUGAAGAUCGACAAGGCCAUUCGGUGCAAGGCAGGGGUCGGUGUGAGGAAGAGGAUUAACGUGAAACUGCGCUUCGACUCAUGCAUUAAGAAGAGCAGCAUACGCAAGAUGGCAGAGGACGUGAUUGAGGCAAGGGUGACCGAUAGAGCGGUGGCUAAGUUCCUGAGAACCAGGAUCCGCAUAAUUUGGACGAGAAAUAGGACGGUAGGUGAGGUGUUGCACAACCAGAAGAGAUUUGCAUCCGAUAAUGUGCAGGUUUGCAGAUGUCGGGACCUCAAUCUGCCAAGAUGCGAUGGGCACGUGGUGACCAGACUAUCGGAACUACCGCACGCACCAAGCUUCGUGAAAAACUCGAAGAACAUUACGAGACCGGCGGCUAGAAGAGCAGAACCUCAUGCCCUGAUGAGGGCCGUUCAGGAGGCUACUAGAUUCCUGGGCGGCACUACUCCGGUGUUAACUGUACCGGAGGAUGCAUACGACGGUAGGCGCCAUCAGUCAACCGCUUGGACGACAGAUGAAGUGAAGACGUGGGCUUCGCAGUUUGAGGAUCUGGUGAUGACACCGAUUGACCGGAAUCAAGGAGAUACGACUUUAAUCUGCCCGGUCAUUUAUAGACAUGCUUUCGGAAAGGUAUUUCUUUGGAAUACCAACUACGAGGCAGUUGGAACGGGGGAAGAUGAGCCGGCGAACAUGGCGAAAAGCAAGAAAGACUUUAUCGACAUUGGGCUUCGGAAGCUCGGACCAUGGAGACCGGGUGGCAGAAUGGGAACGGCUUACGUUAUUCCGAAGCAUAAGGAUCUGGGGAGAUGGCGGCCUAUCGCGCCAUCUCCUUCGGAUCCCGCAGCGGUAGCACAAAGAAGAGUGGCCCGAGCGCUGCACUACCUGCUGAUAAGAUUGUCGGCAUGAGAUACCUUCUUUCUCAACUCGGUGGCAGAGCUGCGUGAUCGUAUGUUAGCGACUACCCAGAGGUUGAGCACACUGGGCUGCAAUCGAGUAGUGGGCAGAUGCUAUGAUAUUAAACAAAUGUUCUCACGGAUC